UGAGCGUGAUAAGAUAUCGACGUAUGUCAGUCACAGAAGGCGGUAUACGUUUCUGUGAAACCACUGAAGGUGGCAAGCCCAAAAUUGGUGGACUAAUGGAUCCAAGGCAGGGCGCGAUUGACAGACAUUCCAGGUGCCAAACAUGUGCUGGAAAUAUAGCACAAUGCCCUGGGCACUUUGGGCAUAUUGAUCUCGUCAAACCAGUAUAUCACAUUGGCUUCCUCACGAAAACCAUUAAAAUAUUACGAUGUGUUUGUUUCUAUUGCUCGAAGCUACUUAUAACUCCGUCGGACCCGAAAAUUAAAGAAGCUGUAAUGAAAACAAAAGGGCAACCUCGCAAGAGGUUGACUUUGGUAUAUGACUUGUGCAAGGGAAAGUAUAUUUGCGAGGGAGGUGAAACUAUUGAUAUCGAGAAGGUAGAACAGGAAUUUAAAAAUGUGCCUGGUCAUGGGGGUUGCGGCCAUUACCAGCCAGCUAUAAAACGGGUUGGCUUGGAUAUCAUAGCGGAAUGGAAACAUGUCAAUGAAGACACUCAUGAAAAAAAGAUCAUCAUAACUGCUGAAAGGGCAUUGGAAAUCUUUAAACAUAUAACAGACGAGGAGACCUUCAUUUUGGGUAUGGAUCCUAAACAUGCAAGACCUGAUUGGAUGAUAGUUACUGUAUUACCCGUCCCACCGCUCUCAGUACGGCCAGCAGUGGUAAUGUUUGGAAACUCCAAGAGCCAAGACGAUUUGACGCACAAACUGGCAGAUAUAACAAAAGCAAAUCGCGCAUCGGGGGUUGAGUUGGCUCGGUUAAAGGCGGCAGUAGCGCCCGAGUCGGGGGCCUGGCUACACGCCUUGCCAUCAUCGCACUUGGAGCUUUGCAGAAAUCAGGAAAACCAUUAA